AUAAACUGGGCGCACACACCAAUCUAGAGUUCUCCUAAAAAAAGCAAAAAGCUUCAAAGCCUCCCUAACUUGUCGCUCUCUCUGUCUUCUUCCUAUGUUUUGAUGCAGUCUGAGCUCAAACUCCGAGCUGCUUUUUCAUGGACUCUGUUGUUAUAAAUCCAUCAUACAGAGCUUUCAAAUUUAACCUCUGUAACCCUGGCAUCAAAUACUUGAAUAACCAUACUUUCUCCUUUUUUAAAUUCAGAUAUUCCAAAAAACUCAAAAUCUCUUCAAUCUCUGUUGCGUAUACUCCUUAUUCAAAUCCCCAAAAACCCAAUUCAGAAUGGGGAAAAUACAGCUUACCCAUCAAACCCUUUUCGGUCUUAGUUUCAAUUUCACAGAACUUCAAAGAUUUAGCUCUGAGGACUUCAAAAUACAAAUGGGUCUCUGUUUUUCGAAGUUAUAUUGGUUCGCAUGCAAUACCGGAGGAAUUUCAAGGUAAUUAUUUACAAAAUGGAGGUUUUGGAAUGGCACUUUUGAGUGUAACAUCGACGGCUAAGGUCCGAAUUAGCCCAUUUGUGGCUACAUUGGCCGCAAACCCGACGUUUGUUUCGGGUUUGUUUGCUUGGAUUGUAGCGCAAUCGAUGAAGGUGUUCUUGAAUUUUUUUGUGGAGCGAAAAUGGGACUUGAGGAUUAUGUUUGCUUGUGGAGGAAUGCCUUCAUCGCAUUCGGCCUUAUGUACUGCUCUGACUACUUCAGUGGCUAUAUGUCAUGGAGUGGCGGAUUCGUUAUUUCCUGUGUGUUUGGGGUUUAGCUUGAUUGUAAUGUACGAUGCUAUAGGGGUUCGAAGGCAUGCUGGUAUGCAAGCUGAGGUUCUCAAUAUGAUAGUUGAGGAUUUGUUUCAAGGGCAUCCUAUCAGUCAAAGAAAACUCAAAGAACUUCUUGGCCACACUCCAUCCCAGGUCCUUGCUGGAGCUCUGCUUGGAAUUGUAGUUGCAUGUGUCUGUUGCCAGGGUUGUUUGGUUGCAACCUAAUCCACUUCUGCAGUUAUUUUUCCAGACCUAUGUGGAUGAUACAUGAACGUCGUCGUGUUCUGGAGAGGGCAUGGUCUUGGUAUUGUUUGAUUUUUUUCUGGUGAAUGGCCUCCUUAAUUUACUUGUUAAGGAGGUGGAUGUCCUGAUGAUUUGUUGUACUUGAAUGUUUUUUUUUUUUUGAAUUCGACAAGUUGAAUGUUGAAUAUGGACGUAGAAAUUUCUUCUUCAAACUUGUGAGAGAGCAUGACUAUAAUCAUAAUGCUUUGAGCAGGCUAGUUAACACAAAUCCACUUUAAUUUUUAAAAUUGGAUUCGGGUAGAAAAGACUUAUUCUUAUCAGAUGAAUUUUCAUACCAAGUGAGCUGUAAGAUAUAAAUGGAUCAGUUUCCUUGGAGCUCAGAUAUAUUCUGUUAAUUAACAAACAAGAUAAGAAUUAUUUAAUCAUAAAAUUCCCUUAACUCGUGUUUUUAACGACCCG